AUGAAGGUGCACAUUAGAAACUGGCACCCCGUUGGCUACUGGCACUGGAACGUGCGUGACCCAGACGAUGUUUGCGGCAUCUGCCAAAAUUAUUUCGAUGGUGUAUGUGGUGCUUGCCGUGAUCCUGGCGAUGCAUGUCCACUAGCUGUCGGCGAAUGCACGCAUGAAUUCCACAUGCAUUGCAUCAACCGGUGGCUUAUGGAACGCCACGAGCCACUGUGCCCAUUGUGCAAACGCCCAUGGGUCGAAGUGACGACUCAAGCCCUCACGGCCUCUGCCUAG